ACUCCAGCAAUCUGGUGGGGGAGAGAAAAGCCACUGAGCAGAGCAAAGCAUUGACACCAACUAUACCAAGAAAGGCCAUAAUCUGCUUGGGGUAGGACUGAGUCCUCCUGUACUAUUACCCUUUUCUGUUCCCUACUGGAUCCUGAAUUUGGAAAUAAUUAAGGCCUGUGUAUGUAGAGUUGGCUGCAUAGGCCUGUGAAUUAGGUUCUAGGCUGCGGAGUCACGAGUAUGGAGCGUCCACAACCGGUGGAGGUCUAUGGCAUCCUUCUGCACAGGGUCACUGCAGAAAGGUGGGGCCGCAUAUCGAAAUUCAAAGCUCGGCCUGAUGACCUUCUCAUCUGCAGUUACCCCAAAUCCGGGACCACCUGGGUACAGGAGAUAACAGAGAUGAUCCAGUAUGGAGGAGACACUGAGAAAUGUGGUCAGGCCCCCAUAUACAAGCGGAUGCCGUUCCUAGAGAUGCCUCAUAUGAUCGUGUCCUCUGUGGAAGAAGCAGAUGCGCUACCCUCUCCACGGAGGCUCAAAACUCAUCUUUCAGUCCAGCUUGUGCCUGCUUCCUUCUGGGAGCAGAAAUGCAAGAUUAUUUACAUAGCCAGGAAUGUUAAAGACACUGCCAUCUCCUAUUUCCAUUUCCACCACAUGAACAAGACCCUUCCAGAACCAGGAACCUGGGACCAGUUUCUGGAGAAUUUCCUUGCAGGAAAAGUUGUUUGGGGCUCUUGGUUUGACCAUGUCCGUAGUUGGUGGGAGGCCAAGGAGUGUCACCCAAUUCUCUACCUCUUUUAUGAAGACAUGAAAGAGAAUCCAGCCUGUGAAAUCCAGAAAAUAGCCAACUUCCUCGGCCUAGAACUCCCUGAAUCAAUAUUGAAUCGGAUCAUACAGCACACUACAUUUGACAAUAUGAAAUCAAACCCAAUGACAAAUUACACCACUUUGCCAUCCUCUGUUAUGGAUCACACUGUGUCAGCCUUCAUGAGAAAAGGCAUCGUAGGAGACUGGAAGGAAUACUUCACUGUGGCUCAAAGUGAAAAACUGGAUGACAUCUCUGCCUACAAACUGGGAGGCACUGGACUGACUUUCCGCACUCAUCUGUAACCACAUUUUUGUGCUCCUCACUAUGAUUUUAAUUAAAAUAUGCCUGGAUCAUUUGCUUGCUUUAAAUAAGUCAGGAAGCCAUGCAUUUUGCCUGUGGCCUUUUGAAAUGUAAUCUAUGGUUAUUGUUCCUCUCCCUUGUUGCAAGUCAUCUGGGAAUGAAUGGCUCUCAAAUGAAAUGAGUGGGUUGGCUCUUUAUGGUUCCCACACUAACCCUGAGGAAUAAGACAAAGACAAGAACAAGGCAUGAAGAGAUAAUGUAAAGAGAUAAAAGAACUGAAGGUGGGCUACAGGAAAUUAAAAUAUGUGGUGGGG